AUGGCAAACGAUAGGUCAUCGUCUUCCCCUGCCGUGGCGGGUGAAAAGCUAAAAACGGGUGUAUAUUCGCCCAAGCAGCAGGCGCUGUCGGAUCCCUGCGGAGCAACUGGAAAGAACUAUCAGCCUGACUGGAACAAACUGCAAGAGUUACUCACUUGCAAAUACACACAGGACUUGGUGGAUCGGCAUGUCUCGACAUUUAGUAAACUUUGCCGUGAGUACUUGCUGCACUACGGUGGACUACCUUGGACUGAUUUAGUUCAUCUCACGCCGCUUGUGCGCUCUCUGAUUAAAAAAUUCCACGCCGGAACGAAGGAGUACGCACCAGCAUUGCACGAUCUAUGCAAGGUAGCAAGUCUCCCCUUUGUUUCUCGAGGUGCUUCAGAGCAUCUUGUUCAUGCUGACGCGGCUAUUCGCUUCGUUCUCACUCUCAGUGAUGCAGCUGUUCCCCGUGUCUGGUCUUCACAUGUUGUAGCGGCUACCGGUGGAGCCGAAGAUGCUGCCCGGGUACCCGGCAGAGAUGACGGGCAGGUGUACCACGAGGCACUGCCUCCCUCCCAACCAUCUGGGGUCGAGGCCAAAACGCUUUCGUCUGAAGACGUUACCUGCAAAUCACGGUCCUCAGCAUACCCCCUGUACUCCACUUCUUCCUCUCUUUCGAAUCUGCCUCUAUUUCUUAUCCCUCCUGAAACACCACUGCAGUGCCACAUGGCAGAAGACACGUCUAGCACUCAAACUGGGAGAACUACGGGAACGGGUUUCCCCAAUGUGGACAGAAGAGAGGAGGCUCUCGAGCGUAUCGUACCCCCCUUCAGUGGGUCUGGUGGCGUACAUUUGCUGUCCGUGUGGGAAAAGCGGAGUAGUGAUAUGCCCGACAAGGUGCCAGCAAAUGAUGCGUCAGUGCUAGGGGGAGACCAGCGAAACCUUUCUCUGCAUUCGGCUUGCGAGACUACUGCGGACGACAGACAUUUGCUGAGGGCACCAGCGCUGCCUGCGAGUCCGGAUGUAGAGGCGGAAACCGCCACAGCCCAGGGAAGUCCAGUUGCCUCCUCGAAGAGAGAGGUCAUUCGUUCCCCUCUACUUCACCGUGGCAACGAUGAGUGGCCCACACUCGCCGAUUCUGUCAGCAUCGCCUUCUUCGAUUUCCUCACGGCUUUCGCUAAACAGUGGCAGCCUGCAGGUGGUCUGAACUCUGCAAGCGGCGAUAUAGCAGGACUGUCUUCCCAGCCUGCUGCGGGAGUGAAACCGUUCUUGCCGUUCGCGCUUCCCGAAUUCCUCCCGGUUGUAAACCUCUUGAAGAACGUCUUUUUGGACCCGCGAACGUCCCGGACUGUCCGGUCUUCAAUUGUGCAGGCGAUGGCUCCACUGUCUGCGUGGCCGCUGGUCGCCAGUCACUUGUGCGAGUGCCGCGUCCUCACGUCCCUCCUAGGCGACGUACGGCUGGAUGCUUCUAAGUAUGCACUCCGGUGUGCAGCCCCAGGUGUCUCCGACGAGGAUCGCAUCGCGGUGAUGGAUGUACUCGUCAACCUGGCUGACAGCGGUGCUGGCGACGAAACUCUCGUAUUCCCCGAAACGACGACCACAGAAGACGCGCGAGCUCUUGUAGAAAGUGCCGCAGUCUCGGCUAAGCAAGUUUUCGAAUCACGAGCCUGUCCCCACCUCGAACAGACUACGAACAAUCUACUCUGUGUGAUCAUGCUGCUGUCUACCCACAAACGCCUCCUGCCUCUUUUCGCCUCUUCUGGGCUGCUGCAACGAGUGGUCGAAGAAUGCUGCGACCCCGUGAAUGACACAACAAAGGAGACACGCGCCAAGCGCAGCUCAUCCGCUUUUGAACAGAAACCGCCUGCACAGUCCACGAGCGCGAGAGAAUACGCGCCGCCUUCAUUGGCAGCAGACCAAGUUGAAUCUCCUAUUGUUCCUUCAUGUCGAGGCCGCUCCGCGCACCAGGCAUUCAAAUCAGGAGUCCAGCAGAGCACAGCAGACUCCCCACCCUGCAAAGGAAGAAUCCAUUGCCCAUCAGAUUGCCUCGGCCAGUCGUCGAAGGUGAAUCGUGGAGGUGCGGGCGACGGUGCUAAUUUACGCCUUGACUCUGCAUUGUUGCAAAGGAGCCAGUCACGCUGUCGCGCCCUGUCCACACCGUCAUUCCCGUCCGAACGAAUGGGAGAUGUUGACACCACGGAGAGGCCGGUGAAGAAUUGUGGAAGCCACGUCUUGCGGGAGAACCGUUCCCACUCCCUGUACCAUGGAGCGCCAGGCCCGGGACUGCAAGAGGGAAACGAUCGAAGCGGCGAGAACCCUGCACCGUGCAGAGAUAUUCUUUGCUGGCAGACUGGCGAAGAAUGGGAGCUUACGUCAUGUACGCAGCAGUCACGAGGCCACCUGUGUCGCGAAAGCGACGACGACGUGGAAAGACUUAAGCUCGGCUGGAUUACGCUCGCAAACUGCCUCUCCGACCGAGACUGUCAAGAGGAAGUUCGAAAGUCACCUUUCCUCCGUACCGUUCUACAUGUGUUGGAGGCCGAAGUAAUACCCAGGCGGGUGAAGCAACAUCAGUUGAGCCCACGACAUCUCAGUGAAACACAGCAUCGGAUGCUUGUUGUCCAUGCCGUUGAAUGCCUCCGCGCGGCGCUAAUGCACAUGACAGCUGAUUUUGUCAACUGUGGAGGCCUCUCUCUUCUGCUCCAGCUCACUAGCUGGAGGUGCUUCCCUAAGCUUACGAAGGAUCUCCUUAAUCUAAUGCUAUUCGUCUGCGUGACGAGCCCCGAUGCUGCGAGGGCCUGCACCACCCUGUUACGACCGGCCGGAAGCCACGAUAUUCACAGUGGUGCUGUCGGCACCCUCGUCGACUGGCUUCGAUAUUGCUCCUCAAAGAAGGAAGCCUCGCAUCUCUUUGAAGAGUUUGGAACGGAAGAAAGGUACAGCCUGAGUAGUCAGCACUCAGCUGUGCUUCUCAUCGCAACCUUGGGAGCGAACAGCAGUGAAGCUCGUGCCCAGCUUCGCCACUCGGCUGGCCUUUGCCUGCUUGUUGACGAGUUCCACGCCAUUUUUUCACUGCUUGGCUGCAUCCAAGACUCCGUAUCCCUGACCUACUUGCUCUGCCUCGUCCAGUGCAUUUGGCUUGCGGUUGUUGGGGAUGCUGACAACGAGGAGAUCUUCCUUCAAAACAGUGGACUGGACAUCAUGUUAGAAUUUCUCCAAACCGUACCACGGACUCUUCAGAGGCAUUUGCUCGGCUGCCUUACAGAGCUGCUUCAGAAUUCCCACGCAGUUCACACUUGCCGGAAGUGGAGAUCGAAGGCAACAGGCAAAACUGUUAUGCAGAUCCUUCUUCAUAUGUGGUUGCAAGAACAGCAACGGUUCUGUAGUAUUACGGAAGGAGAAGCCGUUCAGGAUAUCAGGAGGCUGCUGAAUCCUGGGAUUCUGGCUCCAAACAGUCCGCUGGAAGGUGGUACUUUCGAUUGUUCCCUUUCGGAUGCCGAACCUUUCGACAGGGCACAAAGGAGGCUGGCGAAACAAGCCGGCUCACACCACAUCUCCACGUGGUGUUCUUCCGCUCAAGGGCAUUGCCAAGGUGCCUCCUUAGCCGCUCCGAAAAAAGAGCGCUCCGCGUCUUCUGGAUGCUUCAGACACUCUCUGCGUGGCUUCGGCGGGAUCGCGGCGCCACACCGUAGGCGCGUUCGCCAGCCUCUGGAGCUCCUGCAUGAGAAACUCGAUGAACAAGAGCCAAGGGACCUGAGGCUGGAUCUCUACUCCAUGGCCGCCGCCCUUUCGGAUGACUUUCAGGUGUUAGACGAAGAGCUGACGGUGCUAGAAAAACAACAACUAGAAUCGAUGAGAUGGUACCCCGAGUGCCGUCUUCUGGAGGCUUGGGGAGAAGUUAGAACCCGGCUGUCAGGACAAGAUAUUUGUCCGGUCGACUCUGACAAGAAAUGGAUGGAAACCUCAAUUGACAACUUGGUUUCAAUCUGCGUGGGAGCAAGAGAAAAGCAGGAGGCGUUGGCCAAGGCAGCAAAUUCCAGCGGCUCUGCGCUACUUGAUCGUGGCCUAGGAGAUGAUUUAACAACUACGAGCGCAGCGAUGGCUACUACACAAAUUCGAAACAGAGCCUGCCCCUCUUCACUCGCCUCUCGCGAGCCGAAAGAGAACAUCUGCUCCGUCAACCAGACAAAAAAGCAGCAAUAA